CGAGUGUUGAUUCAGCUGAUCUUCGCCUAUCCUCUUCACAGUUGAGUUCGACGUAGAGGGCGGCCAGCCGGUGAAGAUGAAGAUAGAGGAGGCGAGCGUGGACGGGUUCCUGUCGCCGCAGGAGAACGGAGGCUACUACCGCUACACCGCGCCGUUCAUCAUCUGCAUCUCGUCUCUUCCCGGGAGAGGCCGAGGGAGAGGAGAAGGAAAAGAAGAAACCUCAGUUCACGCAGGUGUUCAUGUGCAUCCCAGUGUCGCCGGGGAGGAGCAGGCUGAUCACCUCUUAUCCGAGGAGUGCCAGCGUGUCUGGCUCAACAAGAUCAUACCGCGGUGGUACCACCACAUUGAGGUGAACGCCGUCUUGGACUCAGACAUCUACCUCCUUCACGUCGAGGAGCGAAACUUGGCAGCCGCUGGUGCUGAGAACUGGCAUAAAGCCGUGUACGUGCCUACGUCGUCGGAUGGCAUGGUUAUCGCCUUCAGAAACUGGUUCAGAAAACACUGCCAGAACCAGGUCGGCUGGGCUGCCCCAACUGUCGAUCAGCUUCCAGCGACUCCAACCAAGGACAAGCUCAUGGAGAGGUACUGGUCACACGUCGCCCAGUGCAGGAGCUGCAGUGCGGCGCUGAAGGCCAUCAAGGCGCUGGAGGAGGCCCUGCAGGUCACGGCGGUCGAGCUCUUUUACCGUACCCGGCAUGGAUUAUAG